UAUCAUACUAUUUAGUCCGUGGUCGUCGGAUAGCCUCGAAAUUGUGCGAAAUUAUUGGUACAUCGUACAAUCGACGACAGAAAAUGUAUCUUCAAAUUUACGAGAUAACGACGAAUUGAUUUUUACGUGCGAGAGACGACGCUUCCAAAUGAGAUUCCUUCAUAUAUUCAUUUAACGUGAGAGACGCGUGCUGUUCCAACCGCCACAGAGAGAAUGUACUGCCUACAGUGGUUAAUCCCGGUGCUGUUGAUACCGAAACCUGUGAAUCCAGCACUGCUGCAAACCCAUGUCAUGUUCAUGGCGCUUUAUCUAAUUGGGUUCUUCCUGGAACGUAAACCCUGUACCAUCUGCAGCCUCGUGUUCCUCUCUGCAGUCUUCCUAAUAUGUUAUAGUGGCAUUGGCAAUUGCUUGCUAUGGAGUACAAACUGCGACACUGUAAGAUGCGACAAUGGCUAAGAUCCUGCUGUGUUUACUCUAGACUUUUAGACAAUUGUCUCCCAUUUGUUUGUUUCCAUUGUUCUUACUUCUAGCAGGAUGCUUGAGACUAGCUUUUUAAACAUUCACAGUUGUUUUAUCUACAGUGUGAAGAUGACAGAUUGUAGAUAGCCUUUAAUUUUUAGAUUUACGAUAGUUUAAUUUGAAAAUUUGAAUCGAUCUAUAACAUCGAUCGAAAUAACAAUGUAGUGUCAUGUUGAAUAUUUGCAUAAUAUAUAUAAGCUUUAAAAUAUGGAAUUCUAAAUAAGAAUAUGAUGAUAUAUACAAAUUUAAUAAAAAUUUGUAUGUGGAUUCUAAGUUCAAAAUUAUUAACAGGAGUAAAACAUGUUUUAAGAAGUGUAUAAUAUGGCUUACGUAUUGAUAUGAUAGAAAUAAUGAAAGAUUUUGUAGCUAAUGAUGUAUUUUUCUUAUUUUCAGCUUUCUAUUUAUGUCCAUAGUUUUU